CCGGUGACGUUUGACGUCUUAGACACGGAAUUCGACAUCAUUUUGGGCAUGCCUUGGCUCGCAAGUGCGGAUCACACGGUCAACUUCCAUCGGCGGACACUUACGGUUCACGACGCGUUCUGCGCCAAAGUACCAUGUACCAUUCCUCCUCCGCACCUUUCGAUCCAGUGCCAAGUUGUAACAGCGAAGUCUUUUCGGGCCACUUGUGCUUACGAGCGGACCGAAGAGAUCGGCUUAUGUUUUCUUCGAACCGUCGUGAUAGCCGACUCUCCACCUACGGACUUGUCUUCAGACCCCCGGGUGGUGCGGUUGAUCGACGAAUUCGCCGACGUCUUCGAGUCACCUACCGGCGUGGUGCCAGAUCGGCCAAUCUCUCACGAGAUCAUUCUUGAGGCUGGUGCCGUGCCGCCAAAAGGUUGCAUUUACCACAUGAGUGAGGAGGAACUUACAGUCCUCCGCACGCAGCUCGACGACUUGUUGGACAAAGGCUGGAUCCGGCCUAGUAGCUCACCCUAUGGUGCGCCAGUUCUCUUCGUUCGGAAAAAGAACAAGGACCUUCGCCUAUGCAUCGAUUACCGCAAGCUCAAUGCGCAAACCGUCAAGAACGAGGGACCUCUUCCUCAUAUUGACGAUCUUCUGGAGCGCUUGGGCGACGCGAAAUGUUUUUCCAAACUAGACGUGAAGUCAGGAUAUCAUCAGAUCUCAAUUCGGCCGCAAGAUCGCUACAAGACCGCGUUCAAGACACGGUAUGGGCACUUCGAGUGGGUUGUUAUGCCUUUUGGACUCACCAACGCCCCGGCGACUUUUCAAGCGGCGAUGACCAACGAGUUCCGAGCAAUGUUGGACCGGUUCGUGCUGGUCUACUUGGACGACAUCCUCGUCUAUAGCCGGACCUUGGAGGAACAUCUUGACCAUCUUCGACGAGUGUUGGAGACACUCCGGCGCGCCAAGUUCAAAGCCAACCGCGAUAAGUGCGAGUUCGUGCGUCAAGAGUUGGAAUACUUGGGCCACUUCAUCACUCCACAAGGCAUCAGUCCGUUGUCGGAUAAGAUUCAAGCCGUCCAAGAUUCGCCGGAGCCGCGGAACGUCACGGAUGUCCGAUCAUUCCUUAGCCUCGCUGGCUACUACCAACGUUUCAUCAAAGGCUACUCGAAGAUCGCGGCUCACUUAACCAGGCUUCAAUGCGAGGACCGGCCGUUUGACUUCGGGACGGACGCGCGGGAAUCAUUCUUGGCCCUCAAGGCCGCAUUGCUUUCCACGGAGGUAUUGCGGACAUACGACCCGCUACUGCCAACGCGCGUCACCACGGACGCAUCCGGCUAUGGCAUUGGUGCCGUCCUCGAGCAACAUGACCGCGUGGACUGAUACCCGGUCGAAUACUUCAGCAAGAAAGUGUCGGUCGUGCGCUCCAUCGAUGAU